AUGAGUGGAACACAGCCAGACAUUGAGGAACCUGGGGUCACCCUUAUAGGUCCCCGGGUAUACCUCAAUGUCUUGCGGAGUGUAUUUACAGUCCCCAACAACAAUGAAUUUACCUUUCCUUUGAAACGGCCAGUCCAGAAGGUCUUCGCAAUCCACGCGAACUGGGUGCCAGCUGGUAUCUCUGAGGUGCGCACUGGUCGCCACCCCCGCGAGCCCUUCGACUUCUCCUCGGAGCCCUCCCCCGUGGCUUGGAGAGGGGGUCCUGAUCGCGUGCCCCCGACGGAGGGUACUUACCUGCAGUCUUGGGGAACCCUCAGCGCACAGAAGACUUCGCCGGGAGUGCUGCCGACGAAGCUACCUCCUGGAUCUGCGAGGAGCGCUCCUCCGAAGAGGCUGCUCGACUCGCAGCGGUGGGACCGCCCUGGAUCUGAAACUCUUCGGUGCUCGCGCCUGGCAGGGAAUGUGCCCCGGCAGUGUGUGAGCCUGAGCAGGGACAAUGCAGAGCAGCAAGCGAGGGGAUUCCUCUGGCACAGCGCAGGAGUCAGGACUCUGGGUCUGGGCUGCACAGGGCCAAGUUCCCGUGUUUGGACAGGCUCAGGGGCUGCCCCCGGGGCGCGCGGGGCUCGGCCGUGGAACGGACACGCGGACAAACGGCCCCGGGGCUUCGGCGGCAGCGGCGGUAGCGGCGGCAGCGACUCCACAGAGUCUACGAACUCUGCGACCCUCCUCAUCUCUCGUUCCUCCUCUCCCUAUUCCACAUUCCUGCACUCUCUCCUGGUGUCCCUUUCCCGGUCUCCCCAGCCCCUCUCGGUGUCCCCGUCCCGGCUUUUCCCUCUCCCCCUGCCGGGCCGGGCCAUGCCCCCGGCCCGUCCCCGGCCCCGGGCGGGGCUGCCCCGUCCCCGUCCCCGGGCGUCCCGCCGCGGUCUCGCCUGGGCCCGGCUCUGGCCGUGCUGGAGGUGGCGCUGUUGGGCCGGGAUCAGUGCCUGGGGCUGGGGCGGCAUCGCCACCCUUUGGCUGCGCCUGGGCCGGGCACGGCCUCGGCCCCGGUGCCGACCCCGAGCCCGGCGCCGCCUCCUCCCGGGCCCCGCGGAGGACACACGCGGCGCGGCCGCUCCCGCCGCCUCCGCUGCGGCUUCCCCGGCCCGAGCUCCGCCGCUCGGCAGCGCAGCCGCCGGCCCCGAACCGCCGGGGCCCGGCGCGGGUGGGGAUGCCCGGCCCGGGCCGCUCGGGGGGCGCUCGGGGGCCGUGUCUGGCCCCGGGCCGAGCGCUGACGGCCGCGUGUCGCCCGCAGGGAAGGCGCAGGAGGCCCUGCAGGACCGGUACCGGCUGGGUUCGCUGCUGGGGCGCGGAGGAUUCGGCAGCGUCUACUCGGCGACACGAGUGUCGGACGGCGCCCCGGUGGCCAUCAAAUGCGUGCCGCGGGAUCGCAUCCGGCUCUGGGGCGAGCUGCCCAACGGCGCCCGUGCGCCCCUGGAGAUCGUGCUGCUGGACAAGGUGUCCGCUGGCUGUGCUGGUGUCAUUCAGCUCCUGGAGUGGCUUGAGCUCCCCACCAGCUUCUUGUUGGUGCUGGAGCGUCCCGAGCGGUGCCAGGACCUGUCGGCUUUCCUGGCGGAGCGGAGGUUCCUGCCGGAGGAGGAGGCGCGGGCGCUGUUCCGCCAGGUGCUGGAGGCUGUGCGGCACUGCACCAGCUGCGGGGUCCUGCACAGGGACAUCAAGCCUGAGAACAUCCUGCUCGACCUGGCCACAGGAGAGCUCAAACUCAUCGACUUUUGCUGUGGCGCCUUCCUCCAAGACACAGCCUACACCCAAUUUGCAGGUGAGCCCCCUCAGGGGAUGUUCCUGGGCAUCUCCUGGCCCAGCCUGGCUGUAGCACCGGGCCUUCCCCCUCUUGCUGCUGGCAACAGCAUGAUUUCUUGA